AUGUCCAAACACAUGCUUCCAGCAUCAAACGCCACUUCCGCCCUUUCCCCUUCCAGCAGAAGCACCAAGAAGAGGAAGGAUACGACUCAAGGAGGAUGUGAUCACUUCAGUGCUUCUUUACCAGCGAUCCCCAAGCGAGUCAAAACAGCCGUUGCCGACGCACUCUUUCCGUCAUCUGCGACAAGUGAUAUCUCGAGGAUCACGCCCGGACCGGGACAGGAUUUUAGCAUCAACCUUGCCCGGAGGAGUCUUUUCACAUCCUCACGGAGUACGACACCUGCACUGAAGCAUGAGGCAGACGCGACUUCUGAAUCCUUCUUCCACAUUCCCCAGUCUCACGGCUCAGCCAAGUCGAUGGUCACAUCGGCCUCCACAACUAUGCGACCUCCGAAACAAAAGACUCACGCACAUAUCGCGCCCCGGAAAUCUGUGCGAAGUCAGAGUUAUGAAUGUGAGGAGUUCGAGGUUACGACGUCGCCUGUGCAAGCCCUCCAGCCGCAGGCGGAACAGGCCACACAGAAUACUGCCUCAAAGAAAGCAUCGCCUCCUGGAUUAGACAUUCCUCCUCAGCAGCCAGGUUGGUCAGGCUUUCAAAGUCUUAGACCCGUUCCCGGAAGCCCCAAUCUUCAACGGAAGCACGUGCCGAAUGUGAACUCGUCAGUAUUUGACAACUCAGAUGUCUGGAACUAUAUUCGGUCUUAUUUAACAUCGUGCCCGAAGUCGACAGUCCGCAGCCUUGACAUUCCUCUCCUUGGUUAUCCCCUACAGCGCACUCUGAGUGUCAGCUGGCAGCAGAGGCUCCGCAAACACGGGGCACGCGCAACUCACUCCAGGGACUUUACCGCCUGCCUGGUCUUUCUGACGGGCUCGAAGGGCCUCUGCACCAAUUGCAGCGGCAAAGCAGAACAACCCUUUGAAGAGUGUAUCGCACUGCCCGCUGGAGUAUCACAGGAGCUGACAGAGCACUUUGGCGUGUUUUCCUGCAGCAACUGCUUCGUUCAGUCUCACUCUCAUCCAUGUGUCUUCGUCCGGCUGCAAAACCAAGCAAGAACGCCGACGCCUGGAACGGCCAACUCUACCCGUUUAACGAUGGGCACGUUUACCUCAACGGAUGGAGUGCUUGAACCGUCCAGACCUCAGAGGAACGGGGUAUCUGAGUCAAGUGAUGGUAACCCUGCUGUCAAGCAGUAUCCUUUGGCUUCGGUGGACUCAAAGAUGGACCCAGCCAUCCAGGCUGCCGAAGAGGCACCGACGUUAGAAGGGGAGACUUGGGAAUUCGCACCAGGUCGGGUGCGUGUAGCCACCGACAAAGGUCUCGAAGAUGUGGCAUUUUCAAAUGCUUACCUGAACCACAACCAGUCCAUACAGAUUUCAGACCAAGUAGCAUGCCGUGUUGUUACCAUCAAGGCAUGCACCUCGCAUUCAUUCACGGUCGAUCCAGACCGGAUGCAGGUGUGUUUUGUUGCAUCCGGAAAACUCUCGGUUAAGAUACAGGGGAAGGACUUCAAGCUGGGUCCGCAUGGUUUGAUCAAAAUCAACCCUGGAGUCUCAGUUACCGUAGAGAACUGGCAUUAUGUCGACGCCAAGGUCCAGAUCACCGCCAUUGUUGUUGAUUGA